UUCUACACACUACUGCUAAUAAUAUUCUCCAACGCCAACGGCAGUUUAGAUUUAGAAAUAUAAAACCCUACUAUACAUACAGAUACACACAAGGCUUGCCGGUUAAUUGAUCGGAAAAAUGAUGGUCGAUUUCGCGAAGAAACUCCUGGUGCCGUCGUGGUGGGAGAUUCAAGUCAGUCUCGCCGCCGCCGCCUUCAUUAUUUGUGUUUACUGCUUUUUUAGUUAUCAGAAUUGUGUCGCCGACGAUCGCAAGGUCACCGGAGAUUCCGCCGAUAAGCAAAAGAUAGGCCAGCCGAAAGGAGAACAUCAGUACAAUUUUGCAUAUGAUAUCAAGGUAGAAUUACUGGCAGCCAAGAAUCUAAUUGCUGCAAACCUGAAUGGCACAUCAGAUCCGUAUGCAAUCAUCACCUGUGGUACAGAAAAGCGGUUCAGCUCUAUGGUUCCUGGUUCACGAAAUCCUAUGUGGGGAGAGGAGUUCAAUUUUAUAAUAGAUCAGCUUCCUGUUGAGAUUAAUGUAACGAUAUAUGAUUGGGAUAUAGUUUGGAGAAGCACAGUGUUGGGUUCGGUGGUGGUUCCUGUUGAAAGUGAAGGACAAACUGGUGCAGUAUGGCAUACUUUGGAUAGUACAUCAGGGCAGGUUUGUCUCGAUAUCAGAACAAUCAGUGUUCCUGUAGACUCUACUAGGGGUCGGAGUGGUUAUGCUGGUGCUAAUGCCCGAAGAAGGUUAUCUUUGGAUGAGCAAGGACCUGUUGUAGUUCAUCAGAAACCUGGGCCACUGCAAACAAUAUUUGAUCUUCUUCCAGACGAGAUUGUUGAACACAGCUAUUCAUGUGCACUUGAAAGGUCCUUUUUGUACCAUGGCCGUUUGUAUGUCUCAGCAUGGCAUAUCUGCUUUCACUCUAAUGUGUUUUCAAAGCAAAUGAAGGUAAUUAUCCCAAUUGGAGAUAUAGAUGAGAUAAGAAGAAGCCAACAUGCACUCAUCAAUCCCGCAAUUACGAUAAUUCUUCGCAUGGGUGCUGGCGGUCAUGGUGUCCCUCCUUUAGGAAGUCCUGAUGGCAGGGUCAGAUAUAAAUUUGCAUCAUUUUGGAACAGAAACAAUUCACUACGAGGUUUACAACGGGCUGUAAGGAACUACCAUGAAAUGCUAGAAGCAGAAAGCAAGGACAAAGUGCAGUCAGAAGUUCGCGCGCACAGUACUUCAAUUAAAAGCGCCAAGGCUCCUGAGCAAAUAGAGCCCACAGUUGGGAAGUUACAGCCUUUCGUCAAAGAAGAAGUUCUUAGUAGCAUAUACGAUGGUGUUUACCCUACCACCGCUGAGUUAUUCUUUAAAUUACUGCUCAAUGAUGAUUCAAAUUUUACAAAUGAAUAUCGGGCAGCCAGAAAGGAUGCUCAUCUUUCUAUAGGUCAGUGGCAUGCUGCAGCAGAAUAUGACGGUCAAGUCAGAGAAAUUAAAUUCAGGUCCCUAUGCAACAAUCCUAUGUGCCCUCCAGACACUGCAAUGACUGAAUGGCAACAUGCUGUUUUCUCCCCGGAUAAUAAAAAUCUGGUGUUUGAAACUGUACAACAGGCGCAUGAUGUUCCAUUUGGAUCAUCUUUUGAGAUACAUUGUAGAUGGUCCGUUUCUACCAACUCUGAUUCCUCAAGCAAUGUUAAUGUGAAAGUUGGUGUACAUUUUAAAAAAUGGUUGAUUAUGCAAUCAAAAAUCAAAGCUGGCGCUAUCAUUGAGUAUAAAAAGGAGGUUGAGUUGAUGGUCAAGGUGGGCCUUGCUUAUAUUCAGUCGAAGUCUACUAGUGACAGUAACAUUGUUGUGGCCCCUAAAUCGAAUACUCAAGAGAACACAUAAAGUAGUAAUGCUGAAACAUUAUGUUUAUUUGUAUAGCAAUUGUUAAACCCUCCUGUAACAUAUUUUUAGUCCAGUCAACUGUGUAUUUGGUUACCUGACAAAAAAAAAAAAACUGUGUAUUUGGUUAGGAAAAUAUGUAGUGUAAUCAUCUGAUCAGUUUGCCAAUCAAUAGUGGACAGCUGGUGCGCUCUUGUAAUCCUUGUGCAGAAACUUUUUUUCCCUGGAAGUCCAUGUCUGUCGGCUCAGGUCAUCUUUAAGCCUAAUUGGUGGUUUUCUUUACUUGUGAGUCUAUUCUGCACUUCUGUUUAGUUAUAUUUUUUAAAUUUUAGUUGUAGGCUUGUAGCAAUCCAAGAUUUUUUAAAUGAAUUGUUUGGUGACCUGAGAUAGGUUAAUAUAUAUUUGUAUUAUAUC